UUAACACAUUGUCUAUUUCUUUUUCUUGUUUGCCCUUUUUAGGCAUUAAGACAUAUAGUACAUAGUGUUGCAUUAUUAUUAUUUCUAGGCUCUAGCUUGGAAGAGAGAUGGCUGCUUAUAGUUAUGCACUUCAAGUGAACAAAUGCUCUUCGCCGCAGAGGCCUUCACUUCCGCAGAAAAUUGAGCAUUUCAGUAAUCCACUCUCAACUAGUUUCAAGCCAUUAUUGAGGGGCUUGGAUCAGUUUCCAAAUAUUUCCGUGGACGUUACAAAAGCUAUCAAGAAGACUUCUUGCAAAUUAUUGGAUGCUUUUGUUGACUUCAUAUUUGAAUUCGUUGGCCAACCAUUACUCCCAUCUCAGCGUAAUUUUGCACCAGUGGGAGAGAUCGGAGAAGCUACAACGUCAGUAACUAGAGUUGAAGGAAUGAUUCCGGAUGAUUUUCCAGAGGGUGUUUACAUAAGAAAUGGCCCAAACCCUCUGUUUGGAGGGCUAAAAUCGACCAGAUCUAUAUUUGGUGAAUCAAACCACAUGUGGGUUGAGGGAGAAGGAAUGCUUCACGCUUUGUACUUGAAGAAAAAUGCAAGAAUUAGGGGCAGGUGGAAUACAUUGUACAAGAACAAACAUGUCCAAACAGAUACUUACAAAAUGGAAAAGGAUAGAAAAAAACCAGGUUUUCUUCCUGCUAUUGAAGGCGAUUCUCCUGCUGUCUUACUGGCGUACCUUCUAAAUGUGUUGAGGUUUGGCGUGAUAGACAAAUACCUGAGCAAUACUAAUGUAUUUGAACAUGCAAAGAAAUAUUACUCAAUUGCUGAGAACCAUAUGCCUCAAGAGAUCGACAUACAUUCCCUAGAAACACUGGAAAAUUGGAAUGUUACAAGUGGAUCUUGGACCAGACCAUUCACAAGCCACCCAAAGAAAGCACCUGGCACAGGAGGACUUGUUAUAAUAGGUAUUGAUGCACAAAAGCCUUAUUUUGAACUUGGUGUUAUUUCAGCUGAUGGAAAGGAAAUGGUUCACAAAGCGGAUCUCAUGUUCGAUAGGUGUACAGUUUGCCAUGAAAUAGGAGUCACAGAAAGAUACAAUGUGAUCAUGGAUUUCCCACUAACUAUUGACAUAAGUCGACUUGUUCUGGGAGGCUCGUUAAUGAGAUUUGAAGAAAAUGGAUACGCAAGAAUUGGUAUAAUGCCACGCUAUGGGGAUGCCAAUUCCAUCAAAUGGUUUGAGGUCGAACCUUGUUGUGUAUUUCACAUCAUUAACUGUUUCGAAGAUAAUGACGAGGUGGUGGUGAGAGCAUGUAGAGCUCGUCAAUCAGCUAUACCAGGACCUAAUUCUAGAGUCAACCAUUUUGAGAAAUGGUUAAGGGGAAGAAGUUCCAAAGAUGACAGAAUUGAAUUCACCAAAGAAUCAACUUUUCCUCGUGUUUGUGAAUGGAGAUUGAACAUGAAAACUGGAGAGGUUAGAGUGAAGAAGAAUCUAUCUGGUGACGAGUUUGCAAUGGAAUUCCCAUCGAUCAAUGAAAACUUCACUGGAUUUAGAAAUAAGUUUGCUUAUCUACAAGUUGUUGAGUCAACUGAAAUAUCUGGCUCAGGAUUCACAAGAUUUGGAGGACUAACCAAGCUUCAUUUUGAAGAAAAAAGAAUCCCUACGGAGGAAGAAGAUGAAUUGGUUAAAGCUGAAUAUCACAUGUUGCCCAACAACACCUUUUGUUCUGGAGCUUCCUUUGUUCCAAAACCUGGAGGAGUCGACGAGGACGAUGGUUGGAUUAUCACAUUUACGCAUAAUGAAAAUGAAAAUAUUUCUCAAGUUUAUAUAGUUGAUGCAAAGAAAUUUACGAAUGAGCCAGUUGCCAUAAUCACAUUACCAAGUAGGGUGCCAUACGGAUUUCAUGGAGCUUUCAUGCCAUUAGAAUCUUAGGGGUCGUUUGGUAGGGUGUAUAAGAAUAGUACAUGUGCGAAAUAAGGUGUAUUAGUAAUGCAGGGAUUAAUUAUGCGGAUAUUAUUUCUUAUCUACUGUUUGGUGUGGUGUAUUAAAAAUUGUAACGCAUUGCAUAAUUUUUAAGAAAAAUGGUUAUUUACAAAAA